AGGCAGCACCACACCGUGGCAUCGCUGCACCAUGGAGGUCCCGGAAGAAGUUUGCUCCAAGGAGAACGAAUGCGCGAAGGCGCAAGAAGACAAUGGAGAAACCGAGGCGGUGCAGCAGUGUGGCGUGGAAGAAGAGAACAAGUCUGACUGGGCGCUGCCAUCGACUGUCGGCCAAGUCGACGAUCUUGCUCCUACCAGCGGUGAUGAAGAAAUCUUGAGCCCCAUCGAACACGAAGCACCGAGCCCGUUCCGAGAGAGGGAGGAGAAGUCCCGCACUCCGGACUCGGAAGACCCCAUGAGCUCUGACGAAGGCGGUGGCGGAGGCUUCCCGUCCCUGCUGCUGCGGCGGCUGCCGCCUGACGGCCACGAGUUCCCGACCGCUUACAGCGAGCCGUCAUUGCCCAAGGCGCCGCCGCCACCAUCCGCCACAUCCAGCGCUCCCAGCUCCCAGGAAGACGCGCUGCCGCUCAAGAAGCCCAUGCACGUCUACGAGGACUCCGGCAUCUUCUCGGACGACCCGCUGUCCUCGCUUUCCGCUUCCGAAGGGGAAGAAAAGACGAAGGUUUCCGUGACUAAGUCGCCCAAGGAGUGCUGCAGUCGUCAGGGCGACGGGCGAGCCGCCGUUUCUGGCGAAGAAGCGCCUUGGACCAACGGCGUCGACAAGGACUCCACGUCGUCGCCACCACCACCCACGAUGAUCGCGGCCGAGCCGCCGCCUGCUGCCGCGAUGCCUAAAGAGGACACCAAGUGCCUCCCGGCGACGUUCGCGUCGACGCCCCUGCCCACGCCGACGGCCCAGUACAGCUCUCCUCUCAUCCUGGACCGGAGAGCCUCGGCAGAGGCCACGCAGAAAAGAUACUCCGGCAUGCUGGCCUCCAUGCUUGAGACGACAAAGUUCGGCACUAAGCUCAAGGGCCUCGUCAUUCCUGACAAGCCCAAGGCGCCUGCAACGGUGGCCAAGACGCUGCCAGUGAUAGUGAGCAACUCUGUUGUGCCAUCGUCCAACAAAAUGGUCUCCGCAAUGGACGACUGCAAACUAAGAAGGGACAGCAAACACUCUCCGCCAUCGCCGAAACACACUACUUUGCUUGCCGAUCCCCCGUGGAAGACGAAGGAGGUGUCCGAGGUGCCCAAGUACUCACCAGCGUUCAAGCGCCGAUCUCUUCAGGUGUCAAAGUCGUGCGACGUUUCUCCCGUGCGUGGCAGCUCCCAGAAUGGCUUCCAGUUUUCUCUGUCGCACAGUAAGCCCGUGACACCAGUUCUGCCGGAAACGCCUGUCAUGUCUCCACCUCCACUCAGCUACACGUCGUCUGGAAGCAGGUCGAGGUCCAACAGCAGCUCCUCUACCUUCUCCAAUCCUUCUAGUAGCGGAUGUUCGCUGGAAAUAGCCAAGAAAAGCCGAGCUGAUUCGUACGCCAUGAGUGAUGGCGAGCAGAAGCAGGCGCCCACUGUCGUCGCUGAAACGCCGGUUGCAAAUGGCAAACCUUACGGGCAGUCGCCACUUCUUGAACGAUAUCUCUCUAGUGCCACCUAUGAUGAAAAGAACGCCGAAGCAAAGGUGUCGAGGCAGAACAGCGUGAAAAGUGUUUCGUCCACCGAUUCUCGAAGUGAUCAAAAGACAAUCACAAAUGGUUACGACGGGCCCAGUGCAAAGUACAACUCCGAGCGGAGAAGUUCGGCUGAAAUUCAACGGAAAAAUUCCCUCGGCUCCGCGGACGCUGUCAUUCAGGAGGCGAAAGCACAGACAGUCAGCGCAUCUAGCAGCCCCCCUCAACUGCAGCGGUUACCUUCGACCGAAACAAAGUGCGACGAAAGCAGGAAGGCGGCGAGGACGUGGGACGCCUCCUCGCUGAAGGACGCCAAGACGAAGUACCGCUCGAUGGACGACCGUAGUUGGAACUCGCAGUUCAGGCGAAACUCUUGCGAGCAGCCGGUCUACUCUACGAGAGUCAACAGUGCCUCCAGCCUCAGCGCUGACCAGAGGACACGGUCAAUGGACUUGAAAGAAAGCCCCAGUGAAGCCUGGCAAAAGAGCGUUAGGGCCAGUCAGCUUGGUCAACAGAAAACGGUGCUCAAGAAAACGAUCGACAGCGCAGACAGCGCCAAGAGUUUCAAAGCUUUGGCUCAAAAGUGGGAACAGAGGUCCCAGGACGCGCAAGCGGGCGUUCCGCAAGCACAGAGGAAAGACAUGGUCGUUUCAAAUGGCAAGAGUCACCCACCGGUUGCUCCCAAGCCUCCCGAAUACAACAGGCAAAGCCAGUACAUUGUUGCUAACGGAAAGGCAUCCCCGUCGACAUCGGCCGAUUACCCUCCACCCGUGCAACUACGCUCCCAGAGAUAUCCGCUUUCGAGGCCCGCAUCAAUGUUCGAGGAAAGGGACAAACCGCGCCUGAGCACUGAUUGGCCAGAGUCACAUCCUUCAUCCUAUCUUCGAACCAAGGUGGACAGGCCUUCAUCUAGCGUGGCGUACCGAAGCAGCAAGAACUGCUCGCCUUCGCUCAGCGUCAACGACAUCAAGAAGGCCUUCGAAAACGAAUCGGCGAAGGUACCGCCGAGAACCCUGGCUUCUCUACGAGCCAUAAGGUCCGAGCAACAACUUCCCCUUCCCGAACACCGACGGUUCUCAUCGAUCGACUCGAACGACUCGGGCAACAGCACGGCUUCGAGGGAACAGUACUCUUCCAUGACGUCCCUGGCCUCCACGAGCAGUCUCAUUUCGCCCCAGGAACUUCAGCAACUUAUCGACGAGGCAAACCAAUCGCUGGACGAAGCUGGCGCCUCUGGACAUGACAUUCACGUGGUCAUCCUCCACAAGGACUCGCCAACGAGCGGUGUUGGGGUCACCCUUGCGGGUGGCUCGGACUACGAAACAAAAGAAAUUACGGUCCACAAGGUAAUUGCCGGAGGCCUUGCUGACCGGGACGGGCGAAUCAGGAAGGCGGAUCGAAUCCUCUCCAUUAACGGCAAGACGAUGAAGAACGUGACGCACAAGGACGCGAUCGACAUCCUCAAGUCUCCGAGGCAGGAAGUGGUGCUGGUCAUCUCGCGGGACGGCCGGCAGUCCCUGAGGACGACGCCCAACAUCAGUCGAGCCUCGAGCUUAUCAUCCGUCCUCGACGUGGUCGACGAGCCUGACGUCUCUGCUUCCGCGUCACCUGUGACCGAGGCCCAGCAGAGCCCCACGCCUGCCAAGCACGAAAAAAUCGUCCUGGUGAAGGACGGCCUUGGCUUGGGAUUCACCCUGGAAGGUGGCAAAGAUUCUCCACUCGGAGACAAGCCGCUAGUCGUCAAGAGGAUCUUCAGAGGUGGCGCUGCCGAGCGGGACGGACGCCUCCUGGUGGGCGAUGAACUUGUCUCCAUCAACGCUCAACCCGUGUGCCUGAUGACGCGUACCGAGGCUUGGAAUUUCCUCAAGAAGCUACCCGACGGACCGCUCACCCUGCAAGUGGUCCGUCGCGCCUGCUGAACGACGAGCGCGCGUGUCGUGCGCGCUGCCAACUUGUACAAACGUGACUCUCUCUCUCUCUAUUUUUUUUUUUCUACGCUGCGGUGGUGCGCCUCGUCGUCGCAAAAUAAGAACUUUCGUCGCCCACUUGUUUUGCAAGAGACGUGCUCUGACACGGCAGGUUGCCACGUUGAAAUAGUGCGUGCGAACGAGCUCCAGCCACCCUGGUCCACGAGAACACGCCGUGUCUACAGCACAAACGCUACUGGAACAGCGAAGGCACGAACUGCUCGCGCUGCCGUAUACGAGACCGUGCAAAGUUUCGCUUUGUUGUUAACACGGCGAACGUGUGCGAUAUGACGCACGGCUUCACGUGAACACCGUCUAAGAACUGAACUCAACAGUCUGUAAAAGCUGUUACCUGCGCGGAUGGUUGUUUUGCUGUGUCGUUUCUGCAUAUUUCGCGCUCCUUCGGCGCAACCUUUCCUGGGGGACGUACUACAUUUUUUAACCACAGGUGCCAUCAUGCACAAUGUCUUGUUUUUUUUUUUUCGUUUUACAGAACUACGCUGAUCUUUACAUUUAAAAGUGAAUAGUUUUCGGGAGAGUUGCCUUUCUUCUGUAUGAGUGAUGAACUGAUCUUAUCGCCUGUUCAACGCACACAAUUGUGUUCCAGAGGUGGAGUAUCAGAUACUGGAGGAAGAACAAACCUCUCAUUUUCCACACCAGCUUUUUUUUUUUUGUCCUUUCGCGUGUGCCUUCGUGCAACUUGCGCCUCUUAAUCUGUAAUGCCUGGAACGGCCAACUGUAAGAUAGUAAUAUAUAUCCCUAACGCUUCGUCUUCGCCCACCAUUGUCACGUCUCGAAAGGCACGUUGCUUUCGUUCGUCAACAGUUUCGGCGGCGGCGAGCUACGAGAGAGCGUCCCUUUUAAGAUUUGAUAUCUGCGUGAUCAUCGCCACUGAUGCCAGGCAGUCACUGGCUUAAUGUGGUCGACGUUGCUGAAGUAAGUGACAGUGGUGGAGAAUGCCUUUAUAUAUAUAUUUUCGCGUACGCAAUGCCAACAGGGUGCUUCGAUCAAAGUGCCAAUACGACAAGAUGCAGGAGACAGCGUACUUUGCUCUCUUCUCUGACACCUCUGCUGAAAUUUAUCGUGAAGACUAGAUACUUCGGUGACCCGCGUCUUCCAUAAAGCUGGAGUCAGUGCCCGGUGUAGAAUUUCUUUCGUUAUAUAUACACAUAUUGAGUCUAUAUCUUCCAAGAGAUGAAGAUUAAAAGUAUUUUGUCACGCAAUAUAACAAAUCUCGCUGCGAAGCACAAAGAAAAAAAAAGAUCGCCUAUUUAUAUAUGUACUAGGAGAAUCGUAUGAAUUAUUUUUUGUAAUAUAUAUUUCUUUACCCUAGAGGUGCGUGAGAGCGCACUUAUUCUUUUUUUUUUUAUAAGCCGACUAGUGCCUUAGAACAAUGGCUACAACUGGUAAUCGCACAAGCUUCUUUUAUGUUUUCCUUUUUGACGGUGGUAAGUACUUUUACUAUGUUUGACCGACCAGACACACACAAGUCGAAUUUCUAACGAUUUCCUUCAGAAUUAUACGACAGUGUUUGACAACUCUUAAAUCGAAGCGAAACGUAUUCACGCCUCAUGUCAUAUUUUUUUUUCUUCUAUUACACAUCUGUGCUUUCUGUUUCAUGCUACGGUUGAAGAACCGGUAAACGUCAUUGUGCAGUAACAACCUACAUUUCUUUCUUCUUCUGUUUUUUUUUUUGCCUGAGCGACUGUAAAUCAGUUGUGGUGAAUAAACUUCAGUGAAGCCUG